AUGAAAUUUUCGCUUGUUUUUCUUCUUAGCCUUGUCUCGGGCUCUGUAGCCCUCGAAACAAACAUCGAUCCCAACGGCCCAAUGAUAUGGGGUCAAUGCGUGGUCAAAGAAAGCGAGUGCAGGUUUCAAUAUUAUGUCAGGAAUGGCUUCCGAGAGCGGGGUGGCCAAAAGGUCCAGAGAUGGGACAUCACACGCACUUCACGGAAAUGCGGCGCCACAAAGAAGGAAAGGUGCCCUAAGGACGGUGCUACAUGCUCCAUCGCCUACGAUCUUACAAAACAUGGUCUCAGCAACAGACUGGCCUGUCAACAAAAGGACUCCGGCGUCCUCAAGUUUUAUUAA